CAUCACAGAAUAAAAUCAUCCAAGGUUAGGACGGUUAGGUUGUAAACAUUGAAUAAUUCAAACAACUCAUUCUGUAUCAUAGUUUGUGACUUACUCAUUUAAAAAAUUCACGAACAUUUCUAUAAAUCUCGAUAAUCAAUGUUUUAUUAUGUUUUGUAUGAAUAAAAAAUAAAAAUAUGAUAUUAUCACAUGAUAUCAUUAAUAUUUCCAUACGCAAUUAUUGUCAUGGUGGCAACAAUCUUUUCGCCCGUUACAGAAAUCGUUGAUAAGAAUAUUAUGGAAAUCAGCUGGUAAACAAAUAGCAGGUAUAUAUAUAUAUGUAUGAUAAAAAAAAAAUUAAAAAAAUAGGUACAACAUAUUUUCGAGAUGCCUUCGGGACGUGAAUGUUGAUGACGAUGAUGUGAGGCGUGUGCGUGUGAAUGCGUCGUUUGUGCGUCUGUUGUCGUGCUCCGCAGUCGGUCGAUAGAAUUAUAGUAUUAGUUAAAAUACCGAGUUAAUAACCGUAAUUACACAUUAGCGUUAAUAAUAAUAAUAAUAAUAAUAACAAUAACUAUUAAACGAUAUACGUACGUAGUUGGUAUGACGACGUUAUUACAACACCGAUCAAUCCGAUAACCGAUUUCCAAAAGAGGUUCACCGUAUCGAUUUUUUUGAUUUUUUCCGUUUGUCCGUCCGUCGCGUAGGCAUCUUGAUCACCGGAUAUCGCAGUGCACGGGAAACGGACCAGUUUUUGCGUGAGCGAGAGGAACGGACCCGCUGCCGCAGUGUCCAGUUUAAUAAGUCGCUGACCGAUCUUUUACCGCCUACACGCAACGAAAACAACAACGAUCACGGCAGUCGUACGACGACGACACUGUCAUUGCCGUCCGAAUGGUGGCCAGCCACCGUCCAAAUGCAGUUGACGUCCAACUUGGUGGCCGCCGCCAACUAUGCGAUCCCGUGACGGGCAACGUAACAUUUUGAUUCAGGGUGUUAUGCGUUUGAGCAUAAAACAAUGGGGGCCAACAUGGGUAAGAGUUCAGCAUCUUUGCUGGAUGCACUCCCUACACCACAAAGUCAUUUGCAUGUAGUCAUGUUGGGCCUAGACAGUGCUGGCAAGACUACAGCUCUCUACAGACUUAAAUUCAAUCAGUAUCUAAAUACAGUUCCUACAAUUGGAUUUAAUUGUGAAAAAGUAAAAGGAACUGUAGGAAGGGCUCGAGGUCAAACAUUUCUUGUGUGGGAUGUUGGUGGACAAGAAAAACUUCGACCAUUGUGGAAAAGUUAUACCAGAUGUACUGAUGGUAUAUUAUUCGUUGUGGACAGUGUAGAUGUAGAACGAAUGGAAGAAGCAAAAAUGGAACUAGCUCGCACAGCGAGAGCUCCAGAAAACACAGGUGUACCAAUUUUAGUAUUAGCAAAUAAACAAGAUUUGCCAGCAGCACGAGAUUCAGCAGAAUUAGAAAGACUAUUAGGUCUUAAUGAACUGAAUCAUUUGUGGCAUAUUCAAGCAGCUUGUGCUAUUACUGGAGAUGGUCUUCAGGAAGGUUUGGAUGCGCUUUAUGAUAUGAUAUUAAAACGCAGAAAGUUAGCUAAACAAGUAAAAAAGAAAACUCGAUAAAUUAGUUAAAUAUUAGUAUGACUAAAAUUGUAUAUAAGAGUACUACAAUGCUAUUGGGAUAAUGAAUACAUAAAUCCUGUUUGCACCAUAGUACGAAAUUUCCAUGACAUUUUUAAAAAUAGACACCCUAUAAUAAAUUUUUAUUUUGAUAUUACCAAUAUUAUGUUCUAUUAUUUAUA